UGUUUCCACUCAAGCUUAGCUGCCGCUGCGUCGGUGAAGUCUCAGACUUUCUUUAACUACUUAUCGUCAGAAUUUUUGUUUCAAAUCAAGAAAAUCAGUGCGUUGCGCAUUCAUCUUGCCACUUGCCAGAUUCCACCAACUGUAGGAUUCCACUCAACAGAGAUUUCCUUUUAUUUUGUGUGUCUGCUGCGUUUUCACUCGUGAAUCAUGGAUGGUGAUGCCAAGUUUUGGGAUGUCCUUCUUCAAUAUUCGUACAACAAAACGAACAAAAACAUGGCCAAAGAUGAGUGGACUGCUUUGUCCAAAGUUGCAAAUUUGUGUGAUUUAAAAGGUGGUCUAUCAAAAGAAUUGAUUGAUCAUUACAAAAUAAAAAAAUUACCUCCCCGCAAAAACAAUUGUAUCUGCACUCAUUGGAUAGUGAAAAACAAGCUCAUAUUCAACAUAAAAAAUAGAAACAUACUAACCCUCGGAUCUUGUUGUAUCCGUAGGUAUUUGAGUUACACUCCAAAAAAAAUCUGUCUUGAGUGUGAAACCCCUUUUAGCCCUUCAGGUCGAAAAGGUAGAAAUUACUGUCCACCUUGUAAGCUUAAGUGGUGUUCAGAGAGAGGGUACAGUUAUCGCAGAAUCAAUUACAAGGAUUCAGAGAGAGAAAAACCUUGUCUUGAUUGUAAAACCCCUUUUAGGCCUUCAGGUCGAAGAGGUAGAAAUUACUGUCCAUCAUGCAAACGUAAGUGGUGUUCAGAGAGAGGGUACAGAUAUGGCAGAUUCCAUUACGAGUCUAUGCGCCAAACAGGUCGCUCAAUGAGAGAAAAUUUUCAUAACUUUGGAAACUUUAAUGUUAUGCCAAAUGAAGGCAGGGAAUCAGAGUUUUGCGGCACCGGUACAAGCAUGUCUUAUAAUCCUAGUGCAAUGCUAAAUAGAAACAGGCAAUCAGAGUUUUUUGGCUGUGUUUCAAGCAAAUCUUAUGACCCUAGUGCAACACUAAAUAAAGAGCUGCAAUCAGAGUCUCGUAGAUGUGAUUCAGGCGAAUCAAGUAAUCCUAAGGCAAUGCCAAUACCCAAACAAAAUACCUGUGAUACCUGUGAAAUACCUGUGAUUGGUGUUAAAGAACACCAAUCACAGUUUCGUGGCCAUGGUUUAAGCCACUCACUUAAUAAUAACAAUAACUUGAGUAAAAUUGUAAAUCUCAAUCUAAUUCAGCAAGUUAAAGCACUAAAAUUUACAAAUAAAGCGGUCUUAUUCCAGUAUUUAGCAUCUCAAGAAUACAUUGAAGGAACUAAAAAAAUCAAUUUUGGUAUAUAUUCCACAAAAAAAAUGAAAGACUUUAAUGACCACAGGUAUUAUAAGUUGUUUAUUGAAAAUGUCAUAAAGCUGAACGAGGGCAAACAAUUAAACGAUGAAAAACUGGCAUUCUACUUUUAUGUUAGUUACAUAAACAAAAAAAUUUGAAAAAACUCCAUGCACAAGUGUUAUGGGCAACUUUUAUCAAAUGUCUGUACAUCUGAAACAUGUAUUUAUUCGUAUAAAUAAUCAUAUUUUUGUUUCAAUCUAUACAUUCUCAACCAAAUAAGUUUUUUUGGCCUGUAAAUACUUAAAAACUGAUCAAAUAUGAGGCAUGUUAUUUUUUAUCAGUGGUUCUUUUUGUUCAUCAAGCCUUCAAAAAUGCAUUGCUCUAUUUUGUAACGUUAAGCAUUCCAAUUCUGCUUUUAAUCCUUUUUUUCCUUUAUCUUUUUUUCUCUUUUUCUUUUUUUCUUUUUUUAUUAGUCUAUUUCAAUCAAUCUGUUUAUAACUGUAUUAAAAUUUUGUAGAUUUCUAAUCUAUCUAUGUGUUAUCCAAAUUUCUGUAUUUCUUCCAAAAUAUUUGUUUUAAAUGUUGUCCUGUAAAUCCUGAAGUAGUUAUUUUAAUUCAAGUCGGAACUAGUUUUUCUGGAAAUAGAAAUACUCAAAUUGCUGAGACAGCUCUCAUUUAUUUCCAAGAAAAAAUACUUUUUCACUCAAAUUCCUUUCAUAUGAUCCGAAAUUGACAGGUUUAUGUCAUGACUUGUUCUUGAAAUCAUCAAAAUCAUGUAAUCAGCAAUUGAUUAGGCUUGUGAGACUGUUCCAGCUUUUUCCAAACAUUUUACGCAGGAAUGUUAAGUAUAGUUAAUUCAAUAUUAUCUCUGCACCUUUAGCAUGUGAUACAGGGUUUUACAAGUUGUUUAAUUUAGUAGACACUUAGUCUUUCAACAUUUACUGCUGUACAAUUUAAUUUUAUUGUAGUCGUGUAAAAGACAUUCCCAAGAUCUUUCACAAGGGUGAUUUUAAUGGUUAAGCAUCCUUUUUCUUCUCAUUUUCUCUGAAGAACCCAUUUUCAGCCUUAAAAAUCAUAUGUUAGCUUGCUUAAUGAAAGGUGAUCUUUUAACUUAAAUUUUUAAAGUGUGCAAUAAGGUCUGAUUUUAAUGCAAAUAAUUAGAGUAAACUUCAUUUUCUUUUUUUUAAAAAAACGAAAUUUUUGGAAGUAGAUAUUUUUAGAUUUUUAGUCUCAAUGCUAACUUGUAAUUUUCCUUGAAAUGGGUAGUUAAAAGACUGCAUGUGUGUGUAACUUAUCUUCAUUUACACCUUUUCUCGUCCAAAUAUUCAUGUAUGUAAUAAAAGAAAGAUCACUGAGUUUGACUCAAUAAAUAAGGUCAAGAGGCCAGCAUUAAUUGAAAAUGCUCCCAAUCUGUAAUUAUACUUAUUUAGCAAGGAGCAUCCAAGGUAUCAAUUUUUUACAUAUCUAUCAAGUUGGUAACAUCAUCUUCCACUGCAGUUUUGGCCCCUUGCUUUCAUUUUAAAAACUUAGUGCUUGACCGUUGCAAAGCUCGGAGCGUUUACUCUCAAUACCACAAAGUCUUGAUGGUAAUUCCUUUUUCUAACCACAGUCAUAAACACUACCUACUGUAACUGUACAAUUGCAGAUGAUAAAAGGCUAUUUUAAUUGCUGUAAGUAAAAAUGUUGUUACUUAACUGUGUUUUUUAUCAUAGUGUACGUUCUUAUUAUGACCUGAAAAUUAUUUAAUUAAGUAUUGUAAUCUUGAAAGAUAUUUGUAAUGUACUUCCUUAAUCAAAAUUUUUAUCACUUAUUGUUCUUCAAUCUUGGAUUACACAGUUUUACUGCCGGUUAUCAAAGAAAACAAAUGUCAGAGGAAUAAAUCAUCCCAAAUACAUUAUCUAGAGCUUUUAAGAAAACAUAAAUUUCAUGUCAUUUAAAAGAAACACAAAUAACAUAGAUAAAGCUAUAUUUUCUAGUAAUGUAAAAAUCCUCCAUCAAAGUUUAGCUGUGUUCGGUAAAAUUCAAAUUCACGUCUUUUUGCUAUAACUCAAUGCACUCUGCUUGUUUUUUUUUUUACUGUAGUGUAUUGUUUAGUGAAACUUAAAUAUUUAUGAAGCCGCUGUUACUAAAGAUAUCAAUAUUUAUAAUAUUUAAUAAAACCAAAAUGUGUAACUCAA